AUACAACGUGUCAUUAUUAGACCUAACACUUGCCAACAACUUUCAUUGGAGAUACGUGAAGCGCAAAAGUUGGGUCUGGCUGUGGUUUUCUUCAAGGGAAGUAUAAUGAAGUGGCUGGUCACUCUUUUACUGGUUAAAACAGUGUUCAGCGCUGACCAAAAUCCUGACGGUAAGCUUUGGGUUCACUUUGAUUUGAAACUCUGAUGAAGACUCGCCCUAAUGGGUUAUGUUGUAAACAAUGGAGUUGCAAUCUACAAUUAUUGGGAUGUCGUUGAUAUGCACUUUUUAUUUCUUCACUUUUAAUUGUUGAAAAAAGAAAUUGAACGUACCUUUGGCUGUCCGUCUAUUUCAACAGUGAUAAUUCAGUCAAAAUUUCACGCUCUUGUUUGUUAUCUCAUUGAUAUAGGAUAUAGGUAUCAGGCAAGGGUGGUUAUAAAAUUUUGCUAAAUUCAUGUUUGUCCUUUAAAUGAUUAAAUAAUAAUUUCCUCUGAGUCGAUCACUCUGUCUAAAACAAUCAUAUCCCCUGCGUAUAACGCUUGGAAACAGCCACCCUGAGUGUCGCUCACCUGAAUUCAACAACCUUAAUUAUAUAGAGUAGGUAUAGCAAGUUUACACUUAAAUUAAAAUAAGUCGAUAUCAUCUUAAAUACCUCAGGGGAGAACCAUUGAGUUGCUUUCAGUUUAGUGAAAAUCAGUGUUCUCUAAAUUUUGGGAUACCUCUUAUCAACAGUUCAAAUCUUGAUCAAAUACAAAAAAGUUAUCCAUACUUGUUUUUUUAUUCAUUAUGUAAAAACUCCUCAACUAGCUCAUUGCAUGCAGGUAUUUGUUUGUUGGUUCAUUGUUUAACUGAUGGCAGUUUUGUUCAAUCAAAUUAAUCUGCAUUCCCUCCAGCACAAAUUAUCUGACGAUUGUUAAUCUGAUUUAAAUGGAAAUUUUGGCAAUAGCAGUCUUCUUUGGGUUUGAAUAUUGAAAGAAAACCUGACUGGGCCAUAUAUCGAAAGACCUAAGAAUAGUUAAUUAAUUCCUAAUUUUAAAACAAUGACGAAAAGCAAUACCGGUUCGGAAACCAACAACAGUGACACAAAUAUAGCGCCAAUGUAUUGGAUUUUGACAAUUAUUUUUUGGAACGGUUUUUUCAGCUCGGGCAAACAGUGUAAUACAAUUGUAUGAUUGAAAAUGAUAACUUUGAGUGAUUAGUAAUGAGUAAAAUUUUAUCAGUGAUAAACAAGUCAUUUUCCUCAGGGUGACUGGAAUGCUUUAGGUUCCACGACGCAAGCAAAUACGUAUUAAGAUAUUGUUUAUUUUUUUUCAAUGCAGAAACAGAUAUUCAACUUGAAUAAAAGGUUAAAUUCCUUCAGGAAGGUUUACUAUAUGCAUUAUGUCAUUAAUUGUAUCAUUUGUUUGAGAUUAACUCAAUGUUAAUCUGAGAUUAACUCAAUGUUAAUCUGACAUUAACGCAUGCACCCAGAAAAAGGUUAGUACAUAAUCAUGAUGGAAGCGAAAAAAGUAACAAUCUCACCUCUAAAUCUGACACUUCCCUAAGAUCGCUGAAGCUAAGAUAACUAACCUCUAAAAAAAAUACAGCCGAAAGAAUGCCGGCAAACCACUACCACUGAUUUGCUGUUGUAUAAAUAAACUACUAUUUCCUUGAGGUCCAUUUAAAGUGGGCUUAUAAGGAGUUUAAUUUGGUUUUGGUUUCAAGACAACGCGGAUUGUAAGACAUAUUAGAAAUUGUGAGAAGGUAAGGGAAAUAGCUUGAAAUUUAACGCCUGCAGGGCCACAGACUUUACUAAAUUCUGCUGAAGUCCAUCUGUGAAAUAGCGCCGAAAUCCUUGUUCUGGGCCUCCACCUGUGUACCAGGAUUCGAGCACUCGCCAUGAUUAGCCUGUCAAAAAGGCCAUUGACGAUUUGCCAAUCAGCAUGAAAGGAAAUUCAAGACCCACUUCCGGUAAUUCGUUGAGUCCGUUGAUGGCCCAGAUCAAAAAUAUCGGCGCUGCUUUGCAGACGUCACUAGCCGAGGUUAAAAUACGUCUGCGACGCAGGCUAGGGUUUUUGUUUUGAAACCACAACAUGGCAAUGUUUUCAACUAGGGAAGAUUGAAAGCCUUUUGGAAUACCCGCCAUGAAUUACAUCGCAGCUACAAAGCACUCAGUAGUAGUAUAAUUUAUGGAACUUCUUAUUUUUGUGGUCCAUUUAGAAUGGGCAUAUGGGUUUGGGUUUAAGAUGUGUUAUGGAGGUGAGACCUUUCCCUUCCCCCCAUCUCCCGCCGUUUCCUUCUUCCAAUCGUCCGCCGGGCGCUAACUAUUGUUUGUUUGUUUUUGUUUUUCUCCAUUUUAUUGGAAUACCCAGUGGGAGACCCUGCGGAGGAGAGAAAAAGAGAGGGAAGGGAGGGGGGGGAGGAGGGGCGGCUAUGACACGAGUAGGUCGGAGAUAUGGUGAAGUAUCUGCUGCCAAUUCUACUUUUAAUGCUUUCACAGAAAACCGUGGCAUUAAUGACAGUAGGUUGUUUGAGGGGGACAUGAUUCUUAAUCAACGACAACUUGAUAGAACGGAGCAUGGAAUGGAUGUUGACAGUGAUCGGAAGAGAGCUUCAAUCAAAGUCGGACGACUCUGGCCUAAAGGAGUGGUGGUCUAUCAGAUUCAUUCAAGCCUUCGUAUGUUUGUUUAUUCCAGCUUCUUUGACCUCAUAGUAAUUUGUAACACAAAACUGUUAAAAAUACGAAAUGGUCCGAAAAACACAAAAAUGCCACUAAGAAGAAACCAUCAAGUAGUUGAUUUCUGAAACUGAUUUUCUGUUGUAAGUUCUAUUUGGCGAACUCGCUCUGCAUGUAUAAACCGCACCACAUGUACAAAAAUUACAUCAUAAGCGGGAGGUUGUGAAAUGUGAAAAAUACGGCUAAUUAAAGUUGACUCGAAUCCCCGCUGUACAAUGGCUAAACUAACUUUCCAUCCCCUGUUGAAGCUGGUAACUAAAGUACAACCCAACCUUUCUUCCUCUUCACCUUGGCCCCUAUAUGGCCUAUUCCAGCCAAUCGGCUACCAAGCAUUGGGUCAUAAAACCCUAGCAAAAACAAAUAUUGAUUUGUACCUUUACACAUCCACUCAGUUGUUUGAAAUCUUCGUUUAAAAUGAGAAUUGAUAACUGCGAUUGUGGGAAUCCAACACGGCUGAGAGCAAUACUGAUAUAGCUGUGCGUACCGUGAUUGUGUAUCUGCAAGAGAUAAACGAGAUGACUCAGACAGUGUUGCAUCCUCUUCCUUAACAACUACCCUCGGGAAUUCUGCCUCGUCAACUUUAAAAUAAAGAGUUUGCUAUGGAAACCCGCUCCACAUAAAAAUGGGGAGGAUGAAAUAAAGUAUGAUUAAGUGACAAAUAAAAAAGAAUAUAACUCAAUUUGGAAUUCCAGCCCCCUUCCUGAUAAUUCUGCACAGUUCCUGACUUUCGACCUGAGCACAAAAACAAACAGGGACUUCUCGCUGCUAGAGGAAUCUAGGGAAUCGAUUGAUCUUUUUCUCGGAUUUUUCACCUUCUGCUGUGAUUUCCCAUGAUUUUAAAAUACAGACUAUUAAUUUGUCUACUGAAAUAGAUACAAGUGUGGGACUUUAAUCUUUAACCUUAAAUAUAACUUUGGUUUUUGUCGUCAUAGAGCAAGCACUAAUCACUGAUUUAUACUAUUACCUGCAUGGUUCACAGCUAGAAAUUCUAGUGCCAUGAGCGCCAUAAGAGCCGGAAUGAAUGAAUGGACCAACAAAACCUGCAUCCGCUUUAAAAGAAGAGGAAAUGAAACAGCUUACGUUAACUUUGUAAAUGGAAGAGGGUAAGGAGCUGAAGGAGCUUGGGCAGAGUAUUUAUCAAUUAAAGAAUCCGAACAAUGAAUCAGUACCCUUACCAAAUCCAACACUGUUUUGAAUGUAUUUUUAAGCUAUUUUUGAAAACUGUGUGCGUUAUAAAUUGACCAAUUUAAAAGCUUGUGGUCAAGAAGCUGAAUAUUAUAGACUGGAGGUCAAGAACAACGCGAAAAGCAUGCAAGUUCAGUAUACAGCCAUGCGCGCGCCAUCGUGACCGAACAAGCUUGGUCAAUAAAAAAAACUCAUCAUAUAGCUAAACAGAAAUGUUUUUCAUGCGAGACCAUGCAACGCAGGAAACCCCGAUCGCUGGAUUCGGCCAUUUUAUAAUUAACAGUUCAUGAAUGAGGCGGAGUAUCUUAUGAAGAAUUAUGGAGAUCGAGGAGUGGGUGUUAUCCGUCGAGGUCGUAGGCCGAGGCAGAUAACACCCUCCGAGAUCUCCAUAAUUCUUCAUAUGAGACGAAAGCCGAAUUCAGUAACUGUUUUAUUAUUCAUUCAAAAUAAUUCGUAGUUUAAAAACAUGGCUAAAACAUGCUCACCUCUAUCGAUCCAUCGAUGUUCAGUUCAUCUUCGAUAGUGUACGUUUAGGUUUGUCCAGCUCNAUAUGAGACGAAAGCCGAAUUCAGUAACUGUUUUAUUAUUCAUUCAAAAUAAUUCGUAGUUUAAAAACAUGGCUAAAACAUGCUCACCUCUAUCGAUCCAUCGAUGUUCAGUUCAUCUUCGAUAGUGUACGUUUAGGUUUGUCCAGCUCCGCAAAUAUUCUCCAAAUAGCAGAUGUCGCCCUUCGAGUUGUCUUCUUGCGGUUCUUGCCAUGUUUUUAGCUAUUUUUUUCGCCUAGUUCUUACUCUUGAAGCGAGUGAAAUGUCCGCCAUUUUUUCAAGUUCACAACCAAAACAACUCAACCUCGUCCCCAGGUCUUCUCGGUUAACGUGCCUUAACCUUCGAAAACGCUGCAUUUUUGACGUCAUUUCCUCGUUAAAGUCAAAUUUCUUCCAAAUUUGGUCAUCAGUAACUGGUUAUGGCGAAUUAAACGAGUGCUUUUAGCCGAUAGGAAUCGAGGAAAUAUUUUGAAUGAAUAAUAAUAUAAUUUUAAACACCGUACUUUCCUUGCUAUGGUCUAAAAUAGUAAUUUGUGUAUCUACAGAAACUCUUUUCAUCCGUUUAAUUUGCUUCCCUGAUAUGAUUACAUAACCCUCACAUUUUUCCCUCUGGUGCGAGCUUUCAAAUUCACUGAAUUAUAACAAAAAGCUAUGGAAUUUUUCAUUUCGAAAACAACGAAACGCCCGGGUAUUAAAACGUUCCUGUCCUACAGUCUCUACCUCAGUCACUCUUACCCUAAUAAGUUGAACUGCAUCUAAUGCACUUAUGUAUUACAAUUCUCGAUUGACUGAGAACAUGCAAUCAUCAAUUUAUCCUCAACAAUGCCCCAUUAAAAGAACUCACUAAAAGCAGUGCAAUAGAAUGUAGCAAAUCUCUUAGAGAAAUUAACAAUCGUCAUUAUGCUAACACAUCUCGACGUUCGCGAGUAUUAGCUAUUACAGGAGGAUUGCAAUGACUAGAUAGUUAUAUAUAAACUAACUCGCAAUUCACUUUAUUUCCAACAUAGCUGUUACUCAUAUGUAGGAAGAAUUGGAAGACGACAAGAUAUCACACUCGCACGGAGAUGUUGGAAAAGGGGAAUUGUCGCUCACGAAAUUGGUACGAAGACUAUCACUACAUUGCCAAGGUUCCUUUGGUAGACGACUGAUAGGAGAUAAAAUUGAACUAUAAACGCAAUUAUUUUAAGGUGUUUCGGUGUUCUAUAUAUAAUCUGAAACAAUGGUCAAACUUCCCCUUCUGCUAUGGCCGAGAAAGGUUCUUUGUCUAGAAAAGAAAAAGGUGGAAUCGAUCCAUUUAAAAACAAUUUGAAUGACCAUGCUCUGAAUAAAACGCAUGUAAAACUCACACACACGAGUUCUUAGUCCUCAAGAAAGAACAUUAAACAUCAAUCUCUUUCCCAAAAAGAAUGCCAUGUUACAAAAGUUCUGAUAAAUGGGCCACGGGCAGAUCCCUAAAACGGACCAAAUGGACACUUAUAAUAAGCUUUCACUACAGUAUUCAGGCCAGUGAUGAGAAUAAAAUUUUGCUACAGGGCACGCGAUUGGUUUUUUCCAUGAACAGUCCCGUCCUGACAGGGAUAAUUUUGUCACAAUAGAGUGGAAUAACAUACUUGCAGGUAAGGAGAAAUCCUAUGCAAUAUCAGUAAACUUGAUGAAUCUUCUUUCUCAACUUUUUUUUGUUUAUAUAUGUUUAUGUCUCCGCGUGAGGCACAACUUACUGUUCUUUCCAUUUUUGAAGUAAUCUUUUUUUAUAGGUAAAAGGAGAAAUUUUCGCAAGUACAGCAGAUCGACUAUCGAUUCCCUUGGAACUAAAUAUGAUUACGGAAGUAUAAUGCACUAUGGGAGCAAAGCUUUCUCCAAGAACGGACGAGUUACGAUCAAGGUCAAGCGAUCAGGGGUAUGUAACUGAUGAAGGCUGUCCGCCUCAUGCAAUGUAGUCCAAAAAACAGUCUUGGAUUCUGGAUUCCACGACGUUGAAUCUAGAUUCCAGUUAUUGGAUCACAGAUGCUUUAUCGGUGGAGCUUGGAUUAAAUCCGUAUUCUAAUCAUAAGCGAGGAUUCCGUAUUCCUUGAGCAUUUAUCUGGAUUCCAAAGUCCAGGAUUCCAGAUUCCACAAACAAAAAUUUAUCCAAUUCCGGAUUCAACAAGUAAAAAAAUUUCUUGGAUUCCGGAAUCCGAAUAAUGUUACGUAGGCGGGCGAGCUGUUAGACUGAAAUCCCAAGCGCAAUUCUUCACGCGUCCUCAGUCCCGCUUAAAUUUCUCAUAAUUACACACAAUUAUUCGAAUGUUUCGACAAACAACCAAUCAAAAUCAAAAUCCCUUUCGGGCAGUGACGUCACCAAACAGGAUUUGUGACCUGUUAAUUCAGACGUUCAUCUGGAAAGUUUGCGACUCAAGGAAACGGCUGAAAUUCAGACUGCAACACUAUAGUUUGAAAUCUCUUUUGUUCUUAUUUCUCAUACCUAUAGCGGUAAUUAUUCAGUUAAACAUUCUUAUUUCCCAUAUCUAUGGCGGUAAUUAUUGAACAUUAUGCGUAUGCCCAACAGCACGCAACAUCAAACGAUUAAAGCUACAUUCUGUCACCAAAUUAAUUCGUCUGCUUCUUGAUUGCACUUUCUUGAAUAUCACUGUCAUACUUAUGAAUAAUUUCUGCAGAAAAGUCCAUGAUAUCAGUUUCUUCUAAAAUCAGCUCCUACUUCAAAUAAUGGCCCUGAAAUCAAUAAAAUAAAAUUUUUUAUUAGGCCGUGAUUGGUCAGCGACGGCGUUUAAGCACUACUGAUGCGCGACAAGCAAAUCUACUGUACAAGACACAAUGUACAAGACGGUAUGUAUAAUCACUGUCCUAACAACCUUUUCCAAACUUGAAAACAUCAGAAUGUUUUAAAAUUAUUUAGGUCAUGUUUAUUAACUCACAUUUCAAUUUCUCUCGAGCCCACACAUGAUACGGGUUGCUGACACCACGCUGUCAGCAACCCGGGUCAUGUAUGGGCUCGUAUAUGAGAAUAGUAGUGCAAUUACGGUUUAUUCUUAGCUUCGAAAAGCGUCGAUUAGCUCUUAUUUUUUUAGACUUCCCUUCAGUUGUCGGACAACUGUACUUUCAGAUGUAAUGAGCACUGUUUUCUUCAUGUAAUUUCACAUCUUGCAGUAUGGAUAUUAGUUCUUAUUCUAGUGAAAAUUGUAAAAAAAUGACAUUGAAUUUAUAUUUGUUUUCAGCACCAACGACACCUCAAUCAGGUAAGCUUUUAGCUUUCCUCUGUGUUUUUGCUUUCACUGAUAAAAUUUGCAGCGACAGUGUUUGGAAUUAAGGGUAAGGAAAAAACUUAAUAAACAGAAUAGAUGUUCAAAGGAAUCUUUAAAGUAAUAGGUAAGUAACCCAAGGGAUUAUGCUUUAUCAGACGGCCCCAACCCCCUCCCCACCACAUGAGGUAAUCUGCCCAUUCCGAAAUACGAAAUCCAGUUGCUUGUGGAAUCCGGAAUCCUGGGCUUUGGAAUACGGAAUACAGCUCAAGGAAUCUGGAAUCCUACAAAGGAUUGGAAUCCAGAAUCCAAGCUCCACUGAAAAAGUGUGCAAUCAAGUACCUGGAAUCUGGAAUCUACGGCGUGGAAUCCAGAAUCCAGGACUGUCUUGGAUUCCCUUACAUCAAUCAUAGUGCGAAUCAGAUGUCAAACUUACAGAAAAGAGGUAACGAAAUAGUUCUUUCUGAAGUAAUUUUUCAAACAGAAUGAUUUUAAGGGAGAUUAAACUUUUAUAUAUUAUCAUAAUCAUCAUGAUUAUUAUUGAUUAUUAUAUUUGUAAACGCGGAGUGUUUUGUCAGAUAUCUAUAAAUGUUUUAAUUGUAAUGUUUAUGAUCCCCUUCUCCUUCAUCUUUUAAGGUUUCAAAAGUUUAUUACCAUGUUUUCUUUUCUUUCUUUUUUUCCUAGCACGUAGUAACUACAGGAUUCUCAAUGAGACUGACCGUAAGAACGAUUACCAUACUCUAAAGAACACUGUCCGCAAAUACGAUGGCCGCUUGCGAAAGGGCUGGUACAGGUUUAUUGGUGCGGCAGGUACAAAAAUGCCUUCCCAAGUCGUCCCAAUAUCACGCUGCAAGACGGAUGCAACUGGGUGGCUCAGCGGCAGUCAUCCUACAGUGAAUCAAGGUGCUGUCCGACCCAGAGUGUGUUUUCAUUGGGCUGGACUAGAUAGAAGGCGCCGACAAUAUGACAGGUCGUGCAUGUGGUCUCGUUAUAUUCGUGUCCUAAACUGUACCACCCUUUUCGUGUACGAACUGAUUCCGAUAAAAAGAUGCCACUUGCGUCAUAAAAUGUGGUGCAAGCUGAAACUAAUAUAUAUAUUUUUGAUACAAAAGUACAUACGAUUCGGUUUACCUUGCGUGUAA